AUGGGCGUCUUUUGGACAAACACACUCCCUAUUUUCCAUGCAAUAGUCUCAUUAACAGUGACUGAUUCAUACUCUUUCUUACCUGUCUCGCAUGUUGAAACUGUACUUAAUGAAUGCCUUCAGGCUUCUGGCUUCCCUCAAAAGAAGUAUUAUUCUGGAGAGAAGAAAGCUCCUGUUCUCACAAUCUUUAUUGGGGGCAAUCAUGAAGCCUCAAAUCACUUGCAGGAACUGCCAUAUGGAGGAUGGGUGGCACCAAACAUUUAUUAUCUUGGUUAUGCAGGAGUAGUAAAAUAUCGUGGUGUAAGAAUUGGUGGAAUUUCUGGCAUUUUCAAGUCUCAUGAUUACAGAAAAGGUCAUUUUGAGUGUCCUCCAUACAAUCAGCAGACUAUAAGAAGUGCAUACCACGUGAGAAAUAUUGAAGUCUUCAAACUUAAACAGCUAAAGCACCCUAUGGAUGUAUUUAUGUCACAUGACUGGCCACGAAGUAUAUAUCACUAUGGAAACAAGAAACAGCUUCUUAAAAUGAAAUCUUUCUUCCGCCACGAAGUGGAAAACAAUACUUUGGGAAGCCCUGCUGCUUCAGAGCUUCUGCAGCACUUUCAACCCACCUAUUGGUUCUCAGCACAUCUGCACGUAAAAUUUGCGGCUUUAAUGCAACACCAGGCAAACAAUGAAGGACAGCUGCCAAAAGCAACAAAAUUUUUGGCUUUGGAUAAAUGUCUGCCACACAGAGACUUUCUGCAGGUAAUAGAUAUAGACCAUGACCCCAACGCAUCUGAGUCUCUGGAGUAUGACAUUGAAUGGCUUGCUGUUCUCAAGGCUACUAAUAGUCUUAUUAACGUGACUUCAAAGGCAUGGAACAUGCCUGAAAACAAUGGCCUCCAUGCAAAGUGGGAUUACAGUGUAACGGAAGGAGCUCUCAAAGAGGUAUUGGAAAAGCUGAACCAUAAUCUCAAAAUUCCUUGUAACUUCAGUAUGACAGUUGCUUGUUAUGACCCCAGCAAACCGCAGAAAAAUAUGGAGCCAGUUCAUAUAAUCAAUCCACAGACCACUGAGUUUUGUGCCCAGUUUGGCCUCACUGACAUGAACGACAGGAUUCAGCAACUGAAAGAAGAGGGUGCAGUUCGGGGAGAAUAUGAGGAGGAAGAGGAAAUGGACAGCACUGAGUCAGCCGAGGAACCCAGUGAAUAUUAUACAGAUAAUUCUGGGCUGUCUUCAUCUAUUAACCCAGAUGAAAUAAUGCUGGAUGAAGAGGAUGAUGAGGAAGCUCAGAGUACACAUUCUGUGGAUCCUUCUCCUGAUCACCCUCCUGACUUUUCAGCAAGUUUUUCUGACACCAGGAUCAUGCCAGAUUCCAUGUUGGUAUCCUCUGAUGAUGCUAUGGACUCCACUAAUGAAGACCUGGAGAAAUCUGUUAUGAGUGAGCAGACUGAAGAGAGGAGCUUAAAUGAAAAAGCUUUAAAGCGGAUUGGAAAAAAUGAGAAUGGAAACAGUGCCGUGAAGAAAAUUAAAAGACGGAAUCAGGCUAUCUAUGCUGCAGAGGAUGAAGAUAAAGUAGAAUGA